AUGACAGAGCCUAGUAUCACCCAGAGCCAGAGUCAGCCUCGGUCUCAAUCCUCGCGCGAUGGCUCCAUCAGUUCAACCAAUUCUGCAGGAGGAGGAGCAGCAGCAACGUCAGCAGGAGGUGCGGCUGGCUUCCUAUCCAAGAUCACGAGAUCUCCUUCGCGCAGACACAAACCUCUGGGAUCCAACACAUCCCUCGACGCUACUCUCUCCGCCGCCGGCUCAACACCACCUCGCCCUCGUCCCCGACCAGCCUACACUCGAACGGCUACGGCCCCUCCUGCGCCCGUCACCCUGAAUCCCAUCAGACCCGAUCUCCUCAGCCGAACCAACAGUGAUGUGACUGCCAACGCUACCGCUGACAACAACAUGCUACCUCUUCCAGCUGGCAGUAUUGCUCCGGUCUACAACCCCUCGGGCGUGAAUCGCGCGCCGCUACACAAGGUCUCGAGCAACGUUAGCGUUGCAGAAGAUAAUACAAGCACACACACCACGAAAGGCAAGGAGAACCCUCCACGAGAGGUGGACGUGCCCUCAGCAUUGGCGCUCAAUGGCCUGCUCCUCAACAACUCGGCGGCGGCAGUCGCAAACCAAUCCAACAAUCUCGCAUCCUACGCACAGAUACAAGAGAUGACACACAAGAGGGUAGCCACACUGGAAUACCUGCGAAGGGCGCACGAGGGCCGGUCUUUCUGGUUCAAUACAGUAUUAUUCCACGAAACCGACAUCACAAGACUGCCGUCUUAUACGCCCAACCGACUUUCCCGUCGCGCAGUCAACUUCAUGCUCUUGGGGAUGUCACUCCCGACGAUUCUGGACCUUCACCCUCCUCAGCCGCAAACCGCUGCCAACGCUGCAAAUAGCACUGCGGUCGCAUAUGAUUAUCUGAAAAAUCUGAAUACCCUGUUUACGGAAUUUGAAUCCUUUCAGCAACUACAUCCGCCUGAUGGCAGUUCGGCAAGUUCGCUGAGUCGGGCACGAAUCCCUCAAAUGUUCAAGAGGGCCGCCACGACGUCCAGACCUCGGAAGUCGAGUGGUGCUGUGACUGAUAUCGGCCUUCCCAUGCUUCCGACUACUUCGCCGCCCUCCACAGUGCCGGAAGGUGGACAUCAUAGUUCACAACCCUCAAUCGACACUACGGCUAGCGGGAUCACCUUUGCCUCGUCGGCAACUACGCUGGUGAAUUCUUCGCCAUUGGCUCCUAUGCCGGCGGUCAACUUUCCUAGCGCGUCGGCGUUUCCUCCUCCGGCACCAUUUGAUGCACCGAAUUCAACGCUGCUACCUAACGAAGGACCAUACACCCACCUUCAGACCCCGCCUCUCCCGUUCACGCCAGACUUUUUCACAGUGUUUGCAACCUUGUGCGACGCGCUGAUCGAUACCUAUCAGCGGUUGCUGCAGAUCCUGACAGGUCCAUCGGCAUGCACGAGCGCGAUCAGUGAUCUCUUCGCCAAAGUCGACGGGCGAAUCCGAAAAGUGAUUGUUUCAGCCAUCGUCCGCGAGUUUGAACAAGCUUCUCGAGAGUCGGCCAAGAGAGAGAUGAUCGGGGUGCAGAGAGUGGUGUUGGGGGGGUUGAUGGCAUGA